UAAAGCCAAAAAGAAAAAAGAAACAAAAGGUGGAGACUUUCAGGAUCACAUCUUCCAGUAACAGCAAAAGCCCCACACUUUCUAUCUGUCUACUCUACGUACUCUCCUCUUUCUCUCUCCUCACAUUUUUGGCGGGAACAGCUAGCAGCGGCGCCGCCAGCGGUGGAAGAUGCCCGGCGUUACGGCGGAUUCCACGGUGGUUGAAGGAGACCUAGAUUCCUCGCCGCAAAGGACGUCGUCUGCUGAGUCUAACUUCCGUGAGCUUGACGACGCUUACUUGCAGAAUCAAGCAAGAAUAUGGCUUGGAGAAGUGUUGCAGAUAAGAUUUGAUGAGCAGAUAGACAUCUCAGAUUUACUUGCAGACGGGGAGUUGCUAUUUGAAGUGGCUGAGGUGAUAUCGAGGACACUACCAACCCUCUCGGCGGAUGAAAGUCAUAUAAAAGCGCAUGAACGGAAAACUCUUGCUUCUAACAAGAGCACUCGGAGAUAUAUGCCAUAUUAUAACGUUGAUUCAUUUUUAAGGAUGUGCAAAAAUCUGGGCAUAGAUGGAAUUGAUCUCUUUACUCCCUCUGAUGUUGUGGAACGGAGGAACACUCGGAAAGUUUGCAUGUGUUUACGUUCUCUAUCAAAGAAAUCAAGGUUAAGAGAUCUAAACGUUCCUGAUUUUGAUAGUGUUACUUGCACUCUAGCAAUGCCGACGGACAUGGUUGAGUGCAUUCGGAAGAGCCUAGAGAAGUCACAUUCAAGCUCUUCACUGUCAGUUGAACAGGAAGCAGAAAAAGUUUCAAGGGUUAGAGUUUGGAGGAGAAUGUCUAAUUCGGCCUCUGCUGUUAGUAAUGGUUACUCAGACAGUUGUGAUGAAGCUGAAAGCAAAUUUGUAGUUGCUGAAUCUUAUGGAUCUUCAGACGAUGCUUAUGAUGCUGAAUCUCCUGAUAUUUCAGGUUCACAAGUAGUCAGAGAAUAUAAUUCAGAACUUCAGUUAAGCACGAGAUCAGACUUUGAAAACGAGGAUGAUGAUCUGUGUGAAUACCUGUCUCCCUCUAACGCCGAGUCUGUUGGCUCACCUUGCUCACAGUAUUAUAGUGAUGAGGAUCUCAGCGUGCCAUCCUCAAACGGACUUGGCUCACGUAUCAGCGGUAAAGUUCCAGAACUGAAUAUUGAGACUAAUCAUGAAUAUCAAAUUAGUGAUGUGGUCCAUGUCCCUAUUGAUUGGGAAGAUAUUCAUUUGGAUGUUGGCAACAAUAAAGGUGUCAAUGCCAAUGAUGGUGAAGUUGAUUGUGUAUCCCACGAUAAUGAAGAUGUAGACACUACAUGCUCUCAUGGUUUUUAUUUAAUUGGGAACGAUAUGUGCAAUGAACAACUAGGAACUUCAAAUAACCCUUCUAAAGUUGACUGCGACAAUAUCUCGGAGUUGGGUGAGCCCCCUGAAUGUGUUUUAACAGAUGAUUUUCAUGUUAGUGAUGCUCCACAUUUGAGUCAUGAGGAUGCACCAUCAGAAAACAAUGCAACCAAACAUGACCCGUUAGUCUGUGAAGUAGAUCUUGGUACUGGUGAACACUAUUCUCAUGGGAAGACUAAGGACACGGUUCUUUACGGGGAGCUUCUAAUACAAAGUUCUUGUGUUUCCAAACCUUCAGAAAGUCCUGAUUUAUUGUAUGAUAGUGAGAAUCAAGCGUCUAAUGCCUGCACAAAGGUUAUAAAUAUUGGAGUAAAUUCUUGCUGUGAUAGGGUAAACAAUGAGAAUGUUACUUCAGAGGUUGUGGCAGGUGAAUUGAGGUUUCACGAAGAGCAGUCUCCUUGUUCAGUUGAUUAUGAUGGAAACACUUUCAAUUGUUCGAGUUUAGUUGAUGUUAAAUCAAAUGAUUAUGAUGAUCACGCAACAUUUGUUGAUCCAAUCAGGACAUCUAUCCCAUCACUCUUUGAAAGAGACACUGUUAUCUGCACAGAUGUUCAUUGUUCUCCAAUAGAAAAUGACAAAGAGUCAUUAGAAAGUAAAAUGAUGCCAGACAAUAAAGAACAACACUCUGACAAUGGUUGUAUGGAAGGUAAUGCAAGUAAUGAGUCGGAUAUGCCUCAAAUGGAUCUGAAUUCUUCACCGUGUAUGGUUGAGGCUAAGAAUAUCACAGGAUGCUCAAAGGGCUGCCAUGAUACCAUGGAGGGAUCUGAGGGUCAUAAUGCUCUUGUGGAGAGUGUUGAUCACAAACCAUUAGACAACACAAUUCUUGUUAGUAGUUUUGCUACUGCUGUUUGUGAUCCUCAUUCAGAAGCUCAACACCCCAAAAUCUUGGAAGAUACAGAUCAUAAGCAUCUUCAGUGUGUGAAAGAGGCAGAGAAGGGAGAAUCGAAAUUUGUAAAGCAAGAAGGUACCAACAAAGAAGUACCAGUGCAUAAACCCCAAAGGAAAUUGUUGAAGUCAAUUGUUAAGGGUACAACACUAGUAGGUGUUGCUGUAUUCUUGCUCCAUCUCAGAAAGAACAGACGGGAGAAUACAUCUGGAGCAAAGAAGCGACCAGCUCAAAUUGUGAUACAGGGUACAACUAAGCCAUUGCAAAAGGGUCAAAUGGGUGGAAGUACAAGCAGUGUAUAUCCAGCUGAGAAGCUUCAUCUUAAAUUAUAGUGUAGAGUACAAAAAUGCAACCUCAUUGUAAAUGAGUAGAAGUCAGAUAAAUACAAGCUAAGAAUACAUGGAUACUAUAAACAGUUAAACACUAAUAUCCAAUGUCCUAAGAGCUUAGUAUUACGGAAAACAAAUGACUAUGUUUAGCAGUUAACAUGGUUAUUGGAAGCUCUAAUGAGCGAGAUUAUCUUGUAAUACGUUCUUGAUGUUUAGCUUUCUGUUACUGUUCUGCAUGUAAUUCAUGUAACUUGCUGCAAUUUGAGGAUGGUGUUUUUUUUAA